CGGGAUGCUGGAGCACAUACCACGAGAAUACUGGCGGGGAUGGCACGUCGCAGCGACUGGUUUGACGCCAGUCUGUCCCCAACCUUGUCAGCUUGAGCACAUUCCCCACGUCUACGCUCUCUAGGCAACCUGGACAGUCUCUCCAGAAAAGCUGUCGCUGUCCCCCACUCCUGUCUUUCUCCUCAGUCCCCUCUAGGUCUGGCAGAUGGCAUAGUCCGGGGGCGGAGCCUUCAGAGGUAAGGGCGUGACCUGCGGAGGAUGGACGGAACCAGAACCGGUGAGGCAGGAACCUCCAGCCUCAUCAUGGACCCUGAAUGCUCCCGGCUCCUCCCGGACCUCUGUGCUGUUCUGGCAGAUCCCAGGCAGCUGGUGGCAGAUGACACUUGUUUGGAGAAGCUGCUGGACUGGUUUAAAACAGUGACUGAAGCAGAGUCCAGCCUCCUGCUGCUACAAGAGAACCCGUGUCUGGUAGAACUGUUGGCCCAGGUGCUGAAGCUCCAGGAUGUGAGUUCCAGGGUCCUCUCCUUUGUACUCCGCCUUGCAGGGCUGUUUGCGGCCCAGGAACACUGCUUCCAGUAUCUUCAGCAGGGGGAGUUGCUACUGGGGCUCUUUGGGGAGGCAGGACCCUUCGGCCAAGCAGCAUGGACUGUCCCUACUGUGCGUAGUGGCUGGAUCCAGGGCCUACACUCCCUGACACAGCACCCCAGCGCCCUGGACUUCCUAGAAGACUGUGGUGCCAUCGACAGGGUCUUCUCCCUGCAGGGAGAUUCCAGCCUGUUUGUGGCCUCAGCAGCCAGUCAGCUCCUGGUGCACAUCCUGGCGCUAUCCAUGCGAGGAGGAGCUGAGGGAUACCCCCGCCACCAGAAUGGCGACUGGCCUUUGUGUGCCCAGAAGAUCAUAAAUCACGUGGAAGAAUCCUUGUGCUCCUUAGCUACCUCGCAGGUCACUCAGGCCCUCAACGUCCUGACCACCACAUUCGGGCGCUGCCAUAGCUCCUGGACAGACGCUCUCUGGGUGCGGCUGCAUCCCCUCGUGGCCCGUCUGCUUGAGAGAGAACCCAUCCCCGCUGCACACUCUCUCGUGGAUCUCCUCCUCAGCGUAGCCCGCUCUCCUGUUGUCUGUUCUGAAGAGGGCAGCCUGUGGGAGACAGCAGCCCGGACUCUGAACCGCCUGAGCCAGCCACAAGCAGGGCCCCUGAUUCUAGGCCUUCUGAAGCUCCAGCAGUGUCCACAGGCACUGAGGACCCGGGCCUUUGGGCUCCUCCUCCAGCCACUGGCGUGUGUCCUGAAUGCCACCACUCAGGCCCCUGGACUCCCAGGCUUGCUGGAUGGGCCUGUCGGGGGCGACUCCGCGGCAGUGGACACAUUCCUGUCCUCCAAGGCAGCCUGCGUGGGCCUCCUGUGCCAGACCCUGGCGCACCUGGAGGAGCUGCAGCCACUGCCCCAGCGCCUCUCACCCUGGCCCCAGGCACCCCUGCUUGGGGCUGUGGUGACAGUUCUGCAGCUCUGCAAUGGUUCAGCAGCUCCUGCCUCCAGCGUUGCAGGCCGCCUCUGUGGGACCCUAGCAGGUUGUGUCCGGGUCCAGCGUGUGGCCCUGGACUUCCUGGGGACGCUGUCUGAAGGGUCAAGCCCUCCAGAGUUGGUGGCACAGGUGUUUGCUGUCCUCUUGGAGUACCUCGAGAGCCCUGACUCCAGCCCUAUGGUCCUCAGGAAGGCCUUCCAGACGACACUCAGGUGGCUCCCAAGCUCUCCCAAGACCCCUGGCUGCUCUGAACUCCGCCCGCACACCCUGCUAUUCCUCCGAGAGCUGUUCCCUGUGCUGCAGAAACGCCUAUGCAGCCCCUGCUGGGAGGUGAGGGACUCGACUCUGGAGUUCCUGACGCAGCUGAUUAGACACUGGGGAGAGCAGGCUGACUUCAGACACACACUCCUGGAUUCAGAGAUGCCGGAGCUCGCCCAGCAGCUCCUCCGAGAUCCUGAGAGUUACGUCCGAGCAAGUGCAGUGACCGCCAUGGGGCAACUCUGUAGCCGGGGUCUGCAUGCCAUCCCCACCAGCCCUGACAACCCAGAGGCCCAGCAGGGCCUGCUUGGGGAGUUCCUACACAUCCUCUCCACGGACUCAGAGGGCUUCCCUCGGAGGGCUGUCAUGCAGGUCUUCACAGAGUGGCUGAAGGAUGGCCUGGCCGACGUGGUGUUCAUGGCCACAGUGCUCCAGGUGGUGAGCCGGGACCUGGACUGGGAGGUCCGGGCACAGGGCCUGGAGCUGGCACUGGUGUUUCUGACCCAGAUGCUGGGACAGCCCAGCCUCCACUGUCCCUAUGCUGUGGCUCCACGUGAGGCAGCCCCGCUCAGCCAGCUCCCCAAGGUGCUGCAAACCCUCUCCCGGGUACGGCUCUUGGAUUUUGCCUUUCGUGCCUUGUUUGAUUGUGACCGACCUGUGGCCCAAAAGUCCUGUGACCUCCUCCUCUUCCUGAGGGAUAAGACUGCACCCUACAGUUGCCUGCAGGAGGCUGGGGACAGCCCUGACUUAGCCUCUGUGGAGUCUGUGCUGAGGAGGUGGCGAGUGGGUGAGCAGGGCCAGCCCCUGGAGGACCUGGAGCCAGAGUCUGUGCUGGCCAUCCUGAGGUCCAUGGACCUGGAGGACCUUCAGGACACGCUGGCUGAGAGCAGCGACCACGUGGAGAAGAGCCCUCAGUCUCUCCUGCAGGACAUGCUGGCCACAGUGAGCAUCCUGGAAAACGAGGCUGACUGCUACUGAGACAGCCCAGCCCAGAGGUGGAACUCAGGUCCCAUUGCUGAAGCCUGAGACAGAGAAGUUGUGCCAGGUCCUUUCUCAGGCCCUUCCUGUCCCCAGGGCUCCUGCCCAGCCCAAUUGUACAAGGGACCAUCCAGGGGUGCCAGGACUGGGCAAGAGCGAAAUUAAAAAUUCCAAGUUUUGAUGUACUAUUAAAGAAGUGGCUUAUUUUCUACUUAAAAUAAACGUCA